UAAAAAUUUAAUACACAACUUUAACUGGUGUUUGGACUCGACUGGCUCCUAUCCUUUCAAUUUAGUUUACAUAUAUCAACUUACUUAAACUCAAUUCGAUUGCAUUUCGAUUAUACGUAUUUCAAGGACACGUCGAAAUAUGAGAUCACCGUACGUGAGACCGAUUAAGACAAUCUUGCUUAUAUUAUCGCAUGCACAUUGAUACAAAUAAUCGCAAUCGUAAUCGUGCGACAUAUUCAAAACCAAUAAUUGCCAGAACGAGACAUAUCAAUGUUUAAAGAUUCAUUGAGACGUGGAUUUUGUGCAAAAAAUACAUCAUUCCAGCAUAUAAAAAGAUAUUCUGAAACAAAAAAAAUUAGUUGUGUGCAAUUAACAAUUCAGUACUAAAGUCAUUUACGUUUACACGUUAUUCGAAUCCAAUUUCUCAUCAUGGCUCGAAGUCACAUCAUUUCUGCGAUAUUCCUGUCACUCAUUUCUGCAAAUAUGAUACAUGGAGGAAUUAUACCAGGACUGUUUCACGAAGACGUUGUCUCAGAGUUUCCAGGUAUACCCAUUCGCGAGUUAUCUCAUAAUUUUGUGACAUCAGCAGCUAAUGCAGCAUCAAGUGCUUUCAACGGCUUCAGAAAUUAUAUUGAUUACUUCCGUACCCGUUUUGGUCAACGUAUAAAUAUUCCACCUGAAUAUCCUAUAUUACAUCGUGUCAUACAUGGAGAUAUAUGGCCGAAUGUUGCGCGUCUAGCACCGAAUGUUCCUGGCUCUAGCCGUCUAAUACCGCCACGUCCUAUAGGCAAUAACAAUUAUAAAGGUAUUGGUGAUGGUAUUGGUGCUGCUUCCGCUGGAGCUGCAAGUUCUGCUGCAUCUGGAAGAUUAGCAAAGUACUCGCGUACAUAAUAAGCUCGCAACUCACUGUAAAAUAACGACACUGAACAAUUAUUAUAUUAUCUAACAAUUAAUGCCUAAUAUAUAAUACAAGAUUUACACAAAGUCCUUAAUAUACUUACUGUUAGUAAGUUUGAUUAAGUACAUCGAAAUAAUAGAGUAAA